AGUAGAAAUUCGUUAACGUUUGCAUACCCUUGUUGUUUUUAGAUGAAUUUAAAGUAACUACGAAAUGAUUUUAGAUAAGGCUGUAGCUUUGAUCACUGGUGGAGCCCAGGGGUUUGGUAAAGAAUUUGCAAGAUGUUUGUUAAGCAACGGUUCACGGGUUGUUGUGGCUGACAUGAAUAAGGAGUUGGGGAAUUCGUUCCAAGAAGAAUGUUCAAAAGUUUAUGGUCACAACAAAAUGAAAUUUGUGUAUUGUGACGUGACCAAUUCUCAAGAACUAAAUCGUACGUUUGAACUAGCAAGGACUGAAUUUGGUGGUUUGGACAUAGUAUGCAAUAACGCUGGAAUCAUAUCUACCAAAACCUCAGACGUUAAGCCUCAGAUUGCUGUUAAUUUGACAGCUGUUAUCGAGGGGACGUACAAGGGAAUAGAAUUGAUGAGUAAGUCAAGUGGAGGAAAUGGUGGGUUGGUUGUAAAUGUGGCGUCGGCAGCAGGUUUUCAGAUGAUGCCAGGAGCACCAGUUUACACAUCUACCAAGCAUGCGGUGGUAGCUUUCACACGCUCGUUUAAGCAUCUACCGGUUUUUGCCACAGACGGUGUGAGAGUGAAUUGUCUUUGUCCUUUUUUCUGUGACACUACUAUGUUACGCAAUGCAGAAAAGGAGAAUCCUGAGAUGAAGAAGAAUUUUGAAGCUUUGCCAAAAAUUCAAAUAAAGGAUGUAGUAAAAGCCUUCAUGCAGUGUGUUGAAGAUGAUAACAUGAAUGCGAAAGCGGUUGCUAUUAUGCCACCUGACAACGUUUACACGUUGGUCUUUCCUCCUGCCGUACCAAAAUUGUAGACGGUUACUUAAGAUUGGGUAAAUAUUUCGUACAAUGUAUUAAUUUUAGCGGAAAUUAGUUUUGCGAGUGUUUAUCACUUUCGCGUAAAUUAUUACUCACCAGAAUUAUAAAUCUUAGCUUCGCAAAAUUCACGUGAAUAAAAUUUAACAAAUUUUUUUAAAAAGCGUUAGUGCACUGAUUAGCACACAAUAAUGGAUCCGCAAUUUUCUUUUUCAACAGUCUUUACUUUGUCUCUCUUGCAUUGAAGAUACAGUAUAAAUUGAAAGAAGAAAAAAUGAGCAGAUCGUUUUUGCGCAUAUAACUUUAUUAUAAAUAUCUUUAAUUAUAUUUUAAUUUAUUUGGAGAGUAUUGCGAUUUGUUAACUUCGUGAAAUAUUAUUUCUCUAGAAAAUAUGUGAAAUAAGAUUUUUCACUUUUUACAAAGUUUAAUUGAUGCGUUAAAAUGUAUCUAGCCAGUGGUCCGAAACAACAGUAUUUAAAUUUGAACGGAGAACUGUUGCUAUAAAAAAGAUUUUCACGGCUUAUGACGGCUAGUAGUACCUGCUAUAUAUUUUAAUUUUUCGAUUAUUUUUUUUUAUUGUUUCUUAAUAUGGAAUGAAGGUUUUUUUGUGAUGUAACAUAUUGUAUAUGAUGAAAUUAAUAUUUCCAAAUAGAAAGCACUCUACGCCGAA